AUGUCCCGGUAUUUGUUUUUUUCUGCGGUGCUGCUGCUCCCCGUUGUGUUGUUGAUGUGCUGUGGAAGCGGUGAAGCAGAGGCUGCUGACAAGAGUUUAAGAAGCAAGCUCUUUGAAGGAGGAAUAACGGAAAUUCCCGAUGUAAAAGAUCCCGGUGGGGCGAAGAAAAAGUUUGACUCGUUCUCUUCCCCUGUUCUGCUUGACGUGCAUGGUGUGAUUGUGGCCUUCGCUGAGGCGCAUUACAAGGGUACAGACGGUACAUCCUUCACCGCGCUCGCCACACGGUCCAAAAAAAGCGCUGAAAAUUUGUGGACGGAUGGCAAGGCGAUGGUGAGGGACGCCUUCGACAGCAAGGUUGCCCGCCUGGUGUACCCAACCCCGAUCACCGACAACGAGGGUGCAAGUAUCCUUCUUGGAGGCUAUGGUGACUGGGGAAUCCCCUUGACAAAGUCAGCCGGCUGCUACCACUGGAAGCCUCGGUACGGGUGGGGAGAUUUUUCAAAGGAGAAGGACGAAAGGGAGUUUGAUUUGCAUAAUGACUUGUCCGACGUGUCUCGCGACGGCGUGCACAAAAUUUACGGCACUUCGUACAUGCAGUACAACGGCGGUGGGAGUCCCGGCAUCAAGAUGACGAACGGGAAUUACGUGCUCCCCGUGCAGGCUCUGAGUGAGGACGAAAAGAACGUCUCGCUGGUGCUGUACUCCACGAACACCUGGUACGGCCUGACAUUCUCGGCGGGCAGAAGCCAUGCGGGCUGCACCCGCCCCGCCGUUCUUGAGUGGGAGGGCGGGAAGCUUCUCGUAAUGGCAUCGUGUGCGGACGGCUACCGCAGGGUGUACGAUGUCCAUUUCAAGGAGAAGACAUGGGCGGAGGCCGUCGAUACCCUUUCGGGCGUGUGGGGCAACUCACUGAACCGUAAAGGGUACGGCGUCCAGGGCGGCUUCAUCACAGCGACCAUUGGUGGAAAGAAGGUCAUCCUCCUCAGCCAGCUAGUGUACCCUAAAGAAAAAGAACAAAAGGGGCAACUGCACUUGUGGCUCACCGACAUGAAGCGAAUUUAUGAUGUUGGCCCGAUCUCCACUGAAGGCGAGAAUGCCGGCGCUAGUACGCUGCUGCACACCGCAAAUUCAGACAAGAAGGAAGAAAAACUCUACUGCGCCUACGAGACCUCCAGCGAUGGUGCUGGCAAGCAGGAUGUUGUGCUGGUGGACCUGGGGGUGCAGCUGGCGGAAGCAAAGAAGGUGCUCGAAGUGUGGGACGCGAACGACAUGUAUGUUUUGGGGCGCCAAGGCUGCGCUAAAAUCGUGUGGGCGGAGCCGGGCACUGCGACCCAAAAGCCCGUUCCGCUGAGGUACGUGCCGGCCGGCUUUUUGUCCAACAAUACGAAUGAGACUGUGUGGAAGGACGAGUACCUCGGCGUGAACGCUAUUGUGGAGGGCAACCUGACAGCCACAAAAGACGGUGUGAGGUUCUACGGGGCCGGCGCACAGGCGCGGUGGCCUGUGAUCGAGCAGGGGCAGAACCAACACUACCACUUCACAAAGUACGGGCUCACACUUGUGGCGACAGUGACCAUCCACGCGAAGCCAUCUUCCAGCAUCUCUUUGAUGGGGAUGAGGGUGAACGACGACAAAAAGCCCAUUUUGUUUGGCUUGUCGUACACCAACAACAAUAAGUGGGAGGUGACGACAAAAAAAGAGACCAAGAUAACGCCACUAAAGACGUGGGAGCUUGGAAAACCGUACCAGGUGGCACUGACGCUGCAGUCGAACGACUGGCGCGUGUACGUGGACGGCGAGGAGGUGCAGAGGGGCAAUUUUGAGGAGUACCUCUAUUACCCUCUGCGGCACUCCAUCUCGCACUUCUACUUUGGCGACGAGGGCAGGGAGGCCACGACGGGCGGGCACAUGACAGUGGGCAACGUUUUUCUCUUCAACCGCCUGCUGGACGCCGGCGCACUCAAGUCACUGAAAGAGAACACUGCCACCGCGCUGCAGAAGGACCCGAAAGCUAAACCGUCCUCCAGCCCAUGCAACACACCCAUCUGA